AUGUCACCUGCUCGUUUGGGUGCUUUCAUAGCUGUGAUCUUUAUUAUUAUUGUACCUAGGAAUAGGCCUCCCUCGCUGCGAGCCUCUCCCGUUUUCCACCCUACGGAGUCCUACCGGGUACCUACCUACACAAGUAUUGGUCCACCACCUCUUCUCACCGUUUUGCCUCGGUUGAGAGUUGCAGUAGUUUCUCUCGAGGGAGAUGGAGGCGCAGCCCCGCAAGCGCCUCUCUACUAUGUAGUUGUUUUUAGUUACCAGUAUGCACAACUAUUCCCCAAAGCCAAUCUGACCUGGGACGUGCGUUACCAUACCCCUCUAUUCGCGCAGGCCAUGGAUGGGGGGCUCAUGGUAGCCCUGUUUGAACAAGUCCCCCGUGACCUUUUUGGCGCGCCCAUGUCUAACCACCGCCCAUGUCUCGGCAUGGCGACUUGCAUUGGCAGCUCGGUUAUUUCUCAAAAGGCGGCCAUGUACCCGGGUCAUCGCCAUCGUGCCAUCACGGGCCUGAAAUACAAUCCACAGGGCCACAUCCACUCACACCGUGACUUUUUUGAAUGCGGCUGGAAGGAAAGCGGCAAGAAAAAAAGGAUGCUUGACCUCGGUGCUCAAUUCGCCUCUUUUUUCGUCCUCGGCGGGAGAGCUUAUAUACUGUGCUGUCUUCCCACGCGCGGCAGCGACCCCAGCUACAGGAGGAAGACCCUCCUCUAUGACACCCUCACCACCCUCACCACCCUCACCUGCCGCCAAACUUGGGAGUCGAUUAUUCCCUGGCAUCCUGGAAUUCCCAACUUCGAUCACGACCCGGAACCCUAA